AUGAGUAGUUGCAUUGAGGUGUUUUGAUUUUCCACGUACAAGCAAACGAGGGUGAAAAUUCCGUCAUAGUAAAACAACUUCCAUGCGGAGAGCAGCGGGAGUGAUUUUCGUUAAACAAUUGCACGGAUAUUAAGUAUAAUAAGAUUAUACAUAUACAAAGGAAUUAAACCGAAUAAAAAUGGGAAUGACGGAGCACGAUAAUGUUUUCAUUUUUAUACCAAAUUUGAUCGGAUAUGCCAGGAUUAUUUUGGCUGUUAUUGCAUUUUGGUUCAUGUCCACAAAUUACAUUAUAUCUGGUUGGUGUUAUGUAAUUAGCGCUCUACUGGAUGCCGUUGACGGUCAUGCGGCCCGCGCUUUUAAUCAAAGCACACGCUUUGGAGCAAUGCUCGAUCAGCUGACGGAUCGUUGUGGAACUAUGGGUCUAUUGGUUACCUUAAGUUAUUUUUAUCCAAAAUAUAUGUUUUGGUUUCAAAUAUCCAUAGCCAUUGAUGUUGCUUGCCAUUGGCUUUAUAUGCAAACGAGCGUUGUUGUUGGAAAAACCUCACAUAAGGCAUUUGACGUCAAUGAGAACAUAGUAAUGCGUAUUUAUUAUCAGAAGGAUGUGCUGACAUUCAUGUGCUGCGUAAACGAGCUUUUCUAUGUAUGUCUUUAUUUGUUAAAUUUUACCUAUGGACCAUUAAUAUUAGGAGCUUCCACAUUUAAAAUAUUGGCAUUCAUAACUGCACCAUUUGCAAUCUUAAAAUCUUUAAUAUCAUGCGUACAUGCAUAUGUUGCCAGUAUUGAUUUAGCAGCAGUGGAUGUAAAAGAUCGUCAGGCGAAACGACAAAAGGAGGAGGGCAAAAAAGCAGAAUAAACUAGAAGUAAGAUUAUCUGAAAUUGAGAAUUCCAAAUAUAUUUUUAAAGUCAAUCAAAGCAGCAGUCAUUUGCUUUAUAACUAAUCAAUUAUAAAAAAUG